CGGCGCUGGGCGCGCUGGAGUCUUUGCAUUGUGUGGGAACUGCUGAUACAGGUCUCUCUGGUCAUAAGGAACCAAAUUUCAAGAGAGAAUUUAUUCAUCAAGUAUUUGGCACUUGCAUCCAUAUAUAGAGAUUGCACUCACAGUUCCAGAAAUGCAGUACUGUAGGACCUAUUGUUCCCUUUCUCUCAGUUUUCAAAAUCUGGUUGAUGUGAUGGCAUAAACUAGUAAAGCAUUUGGAUUACAUAAUGGAUAUCAGCAUUUUGAUUGAUAUUAUUUGAGUGGUACAGUAAGAGUCUGCUGUAUGAAAUGCCAGAAGUUUACAUUUCUUCUAGUUUUGCAAUGGUUUCCCAGUGAGUGGAUCACAAUGAACAUACUUUAGGGACUUGCCAUAGUAUGGCUGCUUCUCGAUCUACUCGUGUUACAAGAUCUACAGUGGGUUUAAAUGGUUUGGAUGAAAAUUUUUGUGGUAGAACAUUAAGGAACCGCAGUAUUGCUCAUCCGGAGGAGGUCUCAGCCCAUCCUCAAAUCCGGUCCAGGUCACCAAAGAAGAGGCCAGAGUCUGUGCAAACUCAGAAGGGCAGCAACGGUGGCAGAACUACUGAUUUGAAACAGCAGAGUGCUCGGGAGUCAUGGGUGAGCCCUAGAAAGAGGGGGCUGUCCACUUCGGAGAAAGAUAAUGGUGAUAAACAAACUGUGGAAAAUAGUGAAAAAAAGCAAGCAGAACCUGUUUCACCAGUUUUGAAAAGAAUUAAACGCUGCCUGCGUUCAGAGGCACCCAACAGUUCUGAGGAAGACUUGCCCACUAAGGCAGAGAAGGAGCCAUUGGAGCAUAAAAGCUUGGUGUCGGACAAUGAUGCAGCCUCCACGGGGACUAAGCGAGCUUGUCGAUGUCUUAUAUUGGAUGAUUGUGAGAAAAGGGAAGUUAAAAAGGUGAAUGUCUGUGCAGAAGGGUUUAAUAAUUCUGCAGUAGUUGAGGAGGUUGCAGGUUAUCAGACUGUCAAUGGAGUUGGUGAGAGAGACUCAGAUUCUCUUAACUGUGAUGACUGUCAGGUUGAUGGGAACGCUAAGCAGAACAGUGCUGGUUCCCAUACACCCAAGGACAAAACAGUAGCAGAAAAUGGAAACUCGUUUGCCCAUUCUUCGUUGCUGCUUAAUAGCAGCAAAGAGGACAGUGUUGUAGACCAUUAUGUGCCUUGCACAAACUCUCAAGAACAGGUAAAGUUAGAGGACCACAAACCAAUAAAUGACUGCUUGCCUGAGGAGCAUGCUAAUCAGGCAUUUGAGCCAGCUACAGGGUCCUUUUCUGAAAUCCAGUCAUCUUUGUUAAGGGAUUCGGAGGAGGAGGUGGAUGUUGUAGGAGAUAGCAGUGCCUCUAAGGAACAGUGUGCUGAAAACACCAAUAGCAACCUGAAUACUCACCAGGAGAGUGCAUCAAUCUCAGGUGAACCUGAACCACAUUCUUCAGUGCUGAACUGUGUUUCGGCUCAAAUGACAAAUAUGUUGGAACUUCAAGAACACAGAUACACAUUGAGAACUUCACCACGAAGGGCUGCCCCUGCCAGAAGUAGCCCUCCUAAAAAUAACUCUCCUUGCAGAGAAAACGGACAGGUUGAGGAAAAUAAUCUUAGUCCUACUGAAAAGAAUGUACCUGUAGCUAUUAAUAAUAUCAAUGGAUCUCCCAAAAAGUCUGAAGAAGUCAAACAGAAUGAAAAAGAGAGAAAUAGUAAUACAGGGGAUCAUGGGAAUGAUGGAAUAAGAAAGCCACUUUCUGAGUCUAGGCUUGUUGCUGGAUUUGUACCAUCUGCCAAAGAGAGUGCCAACAUCCACACUGCAGAGGAGGAUGAGGAAGAGCCUGAUGUGUAUUACUUUGAAUCAGAUCAUGUGGCAUUGAAACACAACAAAGAUUAUCAGAGACUGUUACAGACGAUUGCUGUACUCGAGGCUCAACGUACUCAAGCAGUUCAAGACCUUGAAAGUUUAGGCAGACACCAGAGAGAAGCGCUGAAAGAUCCUAUUGGAUUUGUGGAAAGACUCCAGAAGAAGGUUGAUAUGGGUCUUCCAUUUCCUCAGAGAGUUGUUCAGCUCCCUGAGAUUGCCUGGGACCAAUACACCACUAGCCUUGGAAACUUCGAGAGAGAGUUCAAAAACCGAAAACGUAACAGUAGGAGAGUGAAGCUGAUUUUCGACAAAGUAGGUAUCCCUGCAAGACCAAAAAGUCCUUUGGAUCCCAAGAAGGAUGGAGAGUCUGUUUCGUACUCUGUCUUGCCUUUAAGUGAUGGUCCAGAAGGUUCCACAAACAGUCGUCCACAGAUGAUAAGAGGGCGACUUUGUGAUGAGACCAAACCUGAAACUUUUAACCAGCUGUGGACUGUAGAGGAACAGAAAAAACUGGAGCAAUUGCUUUUGAAGUAUCCACCAGAGGAGGUGGAGUCCCGACGGUGGCAGAAGAUAGCAGAUGAACUGGGAAAUAGAACAGCAAAGCAGGUUGCCAGUAGAGUGCAGAAAUAUUUUAUUAAACUGACUAAAGCUGGUAUUCCAGUUCCAGGAAGAACACCAAACUUAUAUUUAUAUUCCAAAAAGUCAUCAAGUAGACGGCAGCAUCCUUUAAAUAAACAUCUUUUCAAACCUUCAACUUUCAUGACAUCUCAUGAACCUCCAGUUUAUAUGGAUGAAGAUGAUGACAGAUGCAGUUUUCACAGCCAUAUGGACACUGCAGCAGAAGAGGAAGUAUCGGAUGAAGAGAGUAUUCCAGUAACAUAUCGAGAGUUACCCGAAUACAAAGAACUGUUAGAGUUUAAAAAAUUGAAGAAACAGAAACUUCAGCAGAUGCAUGCAGAAAGUGGGUUUGUGCAGCACGUGGGAUUUAAGUGUGAUAACUGCGGGAUUGAACCCAUCCAGGGGGUUCGGUGGCACUGCCAAGACUGCCCUCAAGAAAUGUCCUUGGAUUUCUGUGAUUCCUGUUCUGACUGUCUGCAUGAAACAGAGAUUCAUAAGGAAGAUCACCAGUUAGAACCUAUUUACAGAGCAGAGACAUUUUUAGACAGAGACUACUGCAUGUCCCAGGGCACCAGUUACAAUUAUCUUGACCCAAACUACUUUCCAGCAAAUAGAUGACAUGGGAAGCAGAUCUACCAACUUGGGUUUACUAUCCUCUUUGAAAAAUAACAAUGGCACCAUUGUUAAUUCUGUGCACAUUUUGGAAAGACUCUGCUUUCCCUGAAAUGUCACUCACAGCAUGACAGCUUCCUGGGUGUACUUGUCAAACUACAGCUUUGAGCUGUCAUGGUUCUAGAUCACUGAACAGCAGCUGAACAUUCCUAGUGUGCAGAAGGUUUCACUGGGAGACUUUUCUUUCACCACAUUAGUCACUUUUAGGUGGUGAAUCUAAACAAAAGAAACACAUACAAAAGGGUGAGCCAGAAAUGAGAGCACACAUUAAAGAUAGAGUAAAUUCCAAAGGCUUUGAAGAACUUGGUUAUAAUGAGAUCCAGAGGAGAUGAAGUAUUUAUAUAAAAACAGUUUAGUAGCUUGCAGUUUUGUUGUGAAAUAGUUUUCAGCACAGUAACUGACUUCUUUAGGCAAGGUUUUAACCAAUGACAGUGUUUGCUUCUAGGCUGUACUCUAAAAAUACUCACUGUCUCAGCAAUGGUUGGCUACGGGCCUUUAUUAAAUCGGAGCUGCUUAAUCAUGUUGACCUUCAAUUUUUUAAAUUUUUUUUUUUAAACCACAACGAACUCUAUUUACCAACAGUGAAGCACUACAGGGGGCAAGUGUGGCAUUGCUUCCUUAACCAGCUCAUGGUGUGUGAAUGUUAUAAAAUUGUCACUCAGAUAUAUUUUUUAAAUGUAAUGUUAUAUAAGAUGAUCAUGUGAUGUGUACAAAAUAUGGUGAAAAGUGCCAGUGCUAGUAACUGUGUAAAGUCUCUAAUACUCAACAUUUACUCCUUUAAAAUAAAAUACACAGCCUUCUGCCUCUGUAUUUGGAGUUGUUAGUGCAACUCAUCAAAGAAAACUGCCUAAUAUAAAUCAUAUAUAUGGUAAUAAUUUUUCCUCUUUUGUAGUCUGCACAAGAUCCAUGAAAGAUUGUAUUUUUAUUACUAUUUAAACAGUGAUUAAAUUUAGCCUGAGCAGUGAGCAAGGGUUCACAUGCAUUCUUUUAUACUGCUGGAUUUUGUUGUGCAUCAUUUAAAACAUUUUGUAUGUUUCUUCUUAUCUGUGUAUACAGUAUGUUCUUAAAUAAUGUUCAAUUGUCAGGAGAACUGUGAGAAAUAAACUAUGUGGAUACAGUCUGUUUAUAUAUAGAAUGCUUGCUGUGACUUCCUUUCUGUGUAGUUCUGACUCUUUAAUCAGGAUGGAAAGUUUGGACAGGACAUUUGGAUCGGUCACCCAGCGCUGCCUCUGCCGCUCCCGCCCGGGGCUCAGCCCGCUCCGGCCUGGCAGGAUUAGCAUUCCAGUUCUCUCCUCCUCACUCACAGACUUCUUUGUCAGACCACAGAAAAUCCAGAUUUUAGUAGCCUUGGUACAGUGUAUACCAUUGUCUGAGAAGCUUUGUAAUUAUUGUGACAUAUUUUACUUAAUAUAUUUUUAUUGAAAUGUAUAGCUUGUGAUUCAGAAACACUUGAUUAUUUUAUAACUGUAAUAAACUUCCAGUUGCUUUGAAGCUAGAAUACUCAGAGCAAUUAGCUAGAAAACAAACGAAUUUGACUUCAAAAGAUGGCAAUAGGAAAGAUAAUUGGCUGGCUGCACCUAGUAACUUUAAUUAUAAAUUGGUCAGUAUUUUUGCAGUAACUUUAGGUGUAGCUAUUUUUUGCUUCAGAAGAAAGAAUGUAGGCAUUUAAUCUAUUUAGAAAGUGAUACAGUACAGUUAUGAAAACACUGAGCAAGUAUCAUAUUGUAAGCAUAUCUCACGUAUCUCAUAUACUUAGAUAAAUUUAAUAAACCUUAAAAAAACACAACACAAAACUCACGUGAUGUAUUUUAGUUUUAAUUGGAAAAGAUACUGCUCUGAGAGGCUUUCUAAGACCAUGAAAAUAUGCUUUCCACAUCAUUCAUGGUCUUUAUAGGAAACUAGAGUUGUUGAAGGUGUAUGAUCAGGAAGAGGAUCUGUGGUAACAUUCAUUUUCUGUUUAUAUCCUGAAAAAAUUAUGGGAAUAAAAUAAGAAAAGUAAAUUAGAGAAAAUAGUCAUCAGUUUAGGAUAGCUUGGAAAGAACAAAAGAUCUUGGUAUCCUUGGAACAAGGUUGGAAGCCAAAGGAUAAUUUCAAGUCUGAAUCACUCAAGAGUGUCUUGGAUAAGUCCUAUUUUAUUGAAUAUGUAUAAAUAUUAAUGUUUCCCUAUGCAUGCAUAUGCAGCUGUUGUUCCUGCAUACCUUAUGAACGUAUGCAAAUAGGUAUCUAAUGCACAUAACACCAAAUCAAGCAUGGGAUUUUUUGGGUUUUUUACGCAGAAAAGACAGAAGAAGCAGGAAUAAAAAUUAAACUGAAAGUCUAUGGUUAAUAAUUUUUGUAAUUUGAUUUAAAAAACCCCAACAAAAUAGCAGCUGAUUGUUGCCUUUGUUCCCAUCCUGCACAAGUGUGAGAAUCCACACUUUAUAAUUUCUACUGUAAUUAAAUAUCAUAGAAAAUACUCCAGAAAACCUAUCCAGAUGAAUUUGCAACUUUGUGGUAACUGCAGAGUGUUCUACUUUUAAAAAGAAGCAGCAGCAGCUGCCAGUGCACCAGGGCUGGUGUGGGCAGAGCUGCCCUGGGGAGCUGCUGUGGUACUGCAGGCACUGCUGCUGCUGCUGCUCAAUGGCAGUGGCUGGAGCUGGAGAAGCACUUCUAGAGCACCAGAGGUAAAAUGUAGGCUAUAGAAGGACCCAGGAAAGAAGGAACAUCCAUGAUGUGAAGGACAAGAACAUACGUAAAACAGACCCUAAAAAAUAAUUGAAUUAGCAUCUACAGGGCAAAUGCUAAGGAAGAAAAGGAAACAGAAGAGUCUGCCCUGGUUGGAAAAAUGACGUACUCUGUAAGCAUGCUGAUUUGAGCUAUAUUUUCAAGUCAUGUACUGUGCUUUGAAAAGGAUUAAACCCACAUAUACUGUAACA